AAUAAAUAAAUAAAAAAAAUUAAUGAUCCAUCCACUCCAUUUAGCGUAAGUAAUUCUUCCAUUUUCAAGUACCACCCUGGUAUUUUGUUGAUAGUAAAAGCAUCUCUAGAGCUGACAACUUGAUUGCCUGAUGAUAAGUAAAACAGACACUGAAGCUCAAUAUCCAGCGCCGAGAAAUUACAAACGAGCAAAGAUAUUUUUGGAGCUAGCGAUCACCAUUCACACACCUUUUUCAUGAAGUCAGAGUAAUUGUUAGCCAAUGAUAAUGAUAAAGUUAGAUUUAGGUGGGGUCUGAUUUUAUCACAACCGUGCAAACUAAACAAGAAUUAUCGAUCAGAAUGCUGUGGCGAUUAUCUCCGAUAUUUCUCCCUUCCAAAUCCAGUUUUUUGUUUAAUUCAAAAUGGUUUGCUCACUCGACGUAGCAAAUCUAGGGAUUCGAUUCAAUCCUUUGCCUCAUGUCGAUACUACUUUUAUCAAUCAAAGAAGGAUUCGACCUCGCUCUGUAAUCGUAUUCCCCACAUCCGAUUGUCUGAAGCAUCGUCUUCCCCGACGCAUCUCGUGUUCUGCCGUCGACGAAGAGCAGAUUCAGCAAACGUUCAGUGAUGCUGAGAAUUCACUCAUCAGUAGUCUCAUUGGCAUCCAAGGACGUGGUCGCUCUGCUUCUCCUCAGCAACUCAAAGAAGUCGAACAAGCCGUGACAGCUCUAGAAGCUACUAAAGGUGUCCCUGAUCCUACCAGUUCGAGUCUAAUCGAGGGCCGAUGGCAAUUGAUUUUCACAACAAGACCUGGAACAGCUUCCCCGAUCCAGAGAACAUUCGUCGGAGUCGACUUGUUCAGUGUAUUCCAAGAAAUUUACCUUCAAACAAACGAUCCACGAGUCUCCAAUAUCGUCAAAUUCUCCGAUUCAAUAGGUGAACUUAAAGUCGAGGCUGCCGCUGCAAUCAACGACGGAAAAAGGAUUCUUUUCCGUUUCGAUAAAGCAGCAUUCUCAUUCAAGUUUCUUCCCUUCAAAGUUCCAUAUCCGGUGCCUUUUAAACUCCUCGGAGACGAAGCAAAAGGUUGGUUAGACACAACAUACUUGUCGGAAUCCGGAAACCUUCGUAUCUCAAGAGGAAAUAAGGGGACGACGUUUGUUCUUCAGAAGCAAACGGAACCCCGGCAACGAUUGAUUUCUGCAAUUUCCACCGGUCGUUCAGUGAUUCAGGCGAUUGACGAGUUUAUGUCGUUAAAUCAAACGGAAGACGAACAACAACUCAUUGAAGGCGAAUGGCAAAUGAUUUGGAGUUCACAGAUGGAAACCGAUAGUUGGAUAGAGAAUGCAGCUAAUGGUCUUAUGGGCUCACAGAUUGUUAAAGAAAAUGGGAGACUCAAGUUUCUUGUUGACAUAUUGUUUGGGGUCAAAUUCUCCAUGAAUGGAACAUUUGAAAAAUGUGACACAAAUAUAUAUGAUGUGAUGAUGGAUGAUGGUGCAAUAGUAAUUGGACCAUAUGGGCUUCCAGUUGAGCUAAUAACCAAAUUUAAAUUGGAAGUCUUGUAUUCGGAUGACAAAAUCAGGAUAAGCCGGGGAUACAGCAAGAUUCUCUUUGUCCACAUUCGUGUUGGAAGUUGAUGAAAUACGAAUUUGUAUUUUUAUAAAAAGGAAGUUUUUUAAAAAAAAAGAUCAAGAUACCAUAUUGCUUGUUUGAGAACUUUGAAGAUUUUUACAUUGUGAUUAAGGAAAUGUUAAUUCUUUUUUGUUGUGUAGAUAAUGAGUUGAAUUGUAAUUAAUGGUGUAUAUGCUUUAACCACAGCUCAAUACAUA